AUGUAUCGGUCUCCUGUAUGUUUUCCUGUGUUCCUAGAUAGACCCGAGGCUUCCAUAUAUUCUAAAGAUGAUGUGAUGCUGGGUAUUGCCAACACUCUCAUCUGUCAUAUAUUUGGACUUUUCCAUCCACCUGUGGUGAUCUCAUGGACCAAGAACAAUGUCAAUGUGACAGAGAAUAUACAUCUAAGCAAGUAUCUUCUAAAAAUAGAUGGAUCCUUCAACAUCUAUUCCACUCUGAAUUUCAGUCCUGAAGAGGGAGACAUUUACAGCUGCACUGUGUAUCAUAAAACACUUGAGAACAAAUUUGAGACCAAAAUAUGGGAAGUGUACGUUAGUCUGCCCAGUGUUGAUCCAGCUGUGUUCUGUGGAGUGGGUCUGCUUCUGGGGCUGCUGGGAGUGGCUUCUGGAACUUUCUUUCUCAUUAAAUGGAACAACUGCAACUAA